AUGCCGUCCACGUCGUUGGCCCUGACACCAGGCCUGUCGUCUUUUCUCAAAUCUCUCAAGUCCAAUCCUAUUGAUACUUCAAUCGAGAAUCUCAUCUCACUCCUAAAACGCCGCCAAAUCUGCCAUUCACGAUCCUCCGCUACCGCAACCGCCUACCUACUCCGCAGUGUGGUCUCUCUAUGUCGGACGUCCGAGUCGUCUAAGCUCAUCGAGCGAGUGCAGAGUGUGGGCCGCCGCCUCAUGGCCGCGCAGCCGCGCGAGAUGGUGGUGGGGAAUAUUGUGCGACGAGUCCUCGGUCUCAUUCGCGACGAAGCAGAGGACGAUCGCGAGGCAGAAUUCGCCCUCAGUGAAUCGGAGAGUCAACCUCAAACCCCUCGGGCUUUCGAUGAUGCAUCAUUGCCCUUGGAUCGCGAUUCUCUCGCCUUAGGCGCAGAACGCCCCAGUCGUCCCCCACUAACAUCCAUGUUCAGUCUUCUUUCUCACCCCGAACCAGAAGCCUCCCUGCCCAGCACACCAGGCUCUCAAUCUCCGGGCGGACAAAACAACUUCACAAAGGAUCUCCGUGCCGAGGUGCUGGAGGGUAUCAAUGAAAUCAUCGACGAGCUCGGCCAAGUCGACGAGCAGAUCUCAAACUACGCCCUCGAGCACAUCCACUCCAACGAGAUCAUCCUAACCCACACAUCCUCCACCACCGUGCAAAAGUUCCUCCUCCGAGCCGCAACCAAGCGCAAGUUCACCGUCAUCCACGCAGAGUCAUACCCCAACAACCACGAGGUCACACACGCCACCGUUGGCGGUAACCUCCGCGACGAUUACGAGCUGCUGAGCUUCGAAUCCUUCCAGAAACCCCUCAUCGCCCACGGCAUCACGGUCAUCCUGAUCCCAGACUCUGCCGUCUUCGCCAUGAUGUCCCGAGUCAACAAGGUCAUCCUGGGCACGCACUCCGUCCUUGCUAACGGUGGUCUCGUCGCGGCCGCUGGUACCCGUGUCAUUGCGCGCGCAGCAAAGGUCCACCAAACCCCCGUCGUAGUGGUUAGCGGCGUCUACAAACUGAGUCCAGUAUAUCCGUUCGACUUCGACUCUCUCAUCGAAUAUGGUGAUGCCAGCAAGGUCCUUCCCUACGAGGACGGCGAUCUUGUCGACCAAAUUGAUGUUCAGAACCCGCUCUACGAUUACGUUCCUGCGGAGCUGGUGGAUCUUUACAUUACCAAUCUCGGUGGCCAUGCUCCAUCAUAUCUCUACAGGAUUGUCUCUGACCAUUACCGGAAGGAGGAUAUUAGCUUCUGA